AAAGAGAGGAGAGCAGAGGAGAGGAGAGCAGGAUGGCAGAGAGAGAGCAGCCACCCUACCUGCACCUGGCAGAGCUGUCAGCCUCCCAGUUCCUUGAGAUCUGGAAACAUUAUGACUCUGAUGGCAAUGGUUACAUCGAGGGGAAAGAGUUGGAAAACUUCAUCCGAGAGCUGCAGAGAGUGAGGAGAGGUGCCAAGGUGGAAAUACACGUGAAGGAAUUUAUGGAAAAAUAUGACAAAAAUGCCGAUGGCCGGAUUGAGAUGGCAGAGUUGGCGCAGAUCCUGCCCACAGAUGAGAACUUCUUACUGUGUUUCAGACAAUGUGUCCAUUCCAGCGGAGAGUUCAUGGAGACCUGGAGGAAAUACGACACAGAUCGCAGCGGUUACAUCGAAGCCAACGAGCUAAAGAGCUUCCUCCUGGACCUGCUGCAGAAAGCAAACCGACACUAUGAUGAUAAGAAGCUGCAGGAGUACACCCAGACCAUACUGCGGAUGUUCGAUGCUAACGGCGACGGCAAACUAGGGCUGUCAGAGAUGGCGCGGUUAUUACCUGUUCAGGAAAACUUCCUAUUGAAGUUUCAGGGCCCUGGAGGAUCACAGGGCAUGAAGCUGAGCACAGAGGAAUUCAACGCAAUCUUCGCAUUUUAUGACAAGGAUGGCAAUGGCUACAUUGAUAAGAACGAGUUGGAUGCGCUGCUUAAAGACUUGUAUGAAAAAAAUAAAAAGGAAAUGGACGUGCAGAAAUUCAGCGCUUACAAGAAAAACAUUCUGUCGCUGUCUGACGGUGGCCGUCUGUACCGCCGGGAGCUGGCCAUGGUGCUGUGCACAGAGCCUCUGUAGAGAAACUACACCACACCCCUCACUCCCUGCCCACCGCAGCAACCAUACCUCCCCCUGCGCCCCCCCCGACCCCUUCCCAUCCCAUCCCAGAGCAUGUCACCCCCUCUCCCCUCCCCUCCGUUCUCAUGCUUGUAACACAGACAUCGCACAAGAGCGAUCAGUGACUGUGUGACCCCUCCACCGGCUGCUGUGUAUGUUCAGUCCAGAUCUCCUCCUUUGCUCAUGAAUUUUAAUGUAAACGGAUAGCGGACAGUCCCUGUGAUUGAUCGGAGAUGUUCAGCACUGCCUGUGGUGGACGGUCAUUUAUUUAAUAUUUAUUUUAUUGGUGUUUGAGGUUAGGAACAGAACAGG